ACAGUGUUACCCUAUCAUUUGCUUUGGGUGGCUAGAUGUCUCAACAUGGGCACUUCUAGACUAAAGCACAACCAAAAUGUUGCUCCUGCCCUUGCAGGCAGAACUCUGAAAAAUGAUUUGGCAGUUACCUUUUAGUGGGCUUUUUGUUUUUGUUCUUGUUGCUGUAGGCUCCAGUCAAAAAUCUAUUUAGGGGUCAUAAGAACAUAAGAACUAGGAGCCAGAGUAGACCAUCUGGCCCUUCGAGUCUGCUCCACCAUUCAAUAAGAUCAUGGCUUAUCUUUUCGUGGAUUCAGAUCCACUUACUUACACUCUCACUGUAUCCCUUAAUUCCUGUAUUGUUUAAAAAAAAAUCUAACUUUAAAAACGUUUACUGAAGUAGUGUCAACUACUUCACUGGGCAAGGAAUUCCAUAGAUUUACAACCCUCUGGGUGAAUAUGCUCCUCCUCGAUUCCUCCUAAAUCUGCUCUCUCUAAUCUUGAGGCAUUUAGGAUCUGCUUGCCCUGCUGGGCAACAGGCCCUUUUUAACAAGGUAAUAAUUCAAAUGCCCAGUGUUGUACGGGUAAAACUGCUGUCCUUGUAUUGAUUAACACCAGGUGAAGGCAGGAAAAUAGACACUUAGGUGAUUUAAUAGGAAAAAUGUAUGAUGGUACUGGAUUCUGACAGAUAGCUAAAGUUAUCAGAGAAGAGCGAAAUGUCAACAACACCCCAGUUAAAAGUCAUGAUUAGUGUACAAUCUCUAAAAUUACUUGUAACUUUGUGAAGGCUCGACAGUUUCUACAUAUAAAUUUUGCACCUAUCUCAUGUAAUUUCACAUACCACCAGUAGGUGGUGCAAUUUGCUUGACAAACUCCCUGGUAAAACACACAAAUUUCAUUCGUAUUCAUUCUUCGUUGGUAUUUUUAUAUGCAUGAGGAAAGUAUCCAAUUUGAUUGUUCGUAGUACAACAGUAAUUUAGAGAUAAUAAAGAGAGAAACAUCUUGUAGAAAGAAUUUUCUGCUCUGUUUCAUUCAAAAUCAGUUCCACACCAGGAAACAAAAUUUAAACUUUGGAGACGUACUAUGAUUUCAGCUUCUCUAAUUAUUUAGUGAGCAAAUGAAUUAUACGGAUAUGGAAAUCCCUCGAUCAGUUCACUAAUCAGUUCUGCAUAUUGGACAGGUAAACUUUUUUGUUCUGACACUUUAAAAUGGUGUAUACUCUUGCGGUGAGCAGUUUGUUUUGCUGACAUGAGUGCCUUACAAAAGGGAAAUGCUAAAGUCAUAGGAAAAUCAUCAUUUCCAAAACUUUUUCAAAGCCACGUGUCACUUUGAUAUGACUGUAGAUUGCAGUUCCUUCAUUGCUGGUGGCUUAGUCACCCUCUCACUACAGUGAGACAACCCAUCACCACACCAAUAAAAGUAGCUCACCGAAGAAGGUUCACCAUCUCUGCAAAAGUAGGUAUCAGCAAUUAAUCUGAUCAAGCUAUGGCCAUAGCCUGCAAAACAGUGUCUGUUUGGAUCAGAUUUAAUUUUGAAAGAUAUUAGAAUUUUCCCGUUACUUUAUUUGGUUAUUCAGUGCAAACCAAAUCUCUUGGGUUGAUUCCCAAUCUACUGGGUUUGGUGAUCUUAUCCAAGAGGGUUGUGGAGGAACUAUAAUUCGUUUCUGAUAUAAUUUUGGCAAAAUCAGCCAAGGUUCCUGAUCACUAUCCAUUUGAGUUCUGCUGGAAACAGUGCACAUGUACAUUUGAGGUGAAAACCAAAUUAUACAUCUUUAAAUGACCAUGGGGCUAUGGCUUAAAGUGUCCUCUGGAGAAGCAGUCUCUCACCAUGUAUCCUUCAGCACUGCCGUGGAAUGUAAACCUCAAUUACAUGCUGAACUACUGGUUUGAAACAUAGCAAGCUUCCAUACAGAAGUGAUAUGUUAUUUUAAUUAAUUUUGUUUGAUAUGUUGUGGAACACCUCCCAAGGCAGAUGUGCAUCCUGGCCAAGAGGUAGGGAGGCUAUGAUUUUGUACUGAUAUUUCUAAGUGAUAUUUGUAUUACUUGCUGUGUUUGCCAACUUGAGAAUGGUUACUAUUUGUCAACACUAAUUAAUUGACUAAAAUAUUUUGGGAUGUUAAGCUCUUGAAAGGGACUAUAUUGAUUUGUACAUGUACACUUUCUAGCAGAGGUCAUGGGAUAACAAUGCAUAGAUACUCUAGUUGACUUUGCUGAAGGAUAUUGAGAUCAAUUGUAAUAUUCCUACCACUAAUCGAUUUGAAAUUAGUUAUCUCCUCUUGGUUGAUUAUAGCUUAAGAAUUGAUUUGAAUGGUACAUUUUUUAUUCAGACUAUUAACCAAGCUCCUGCAUUUAAUUGUAGCUGUAGACAAAUGUUACUACAGAUGUAAUAAUCCUUCCCUUACUCUUAACAUGACAGUCUUGUUCAUCUUAUGAAGCAGGACUGUACAUUUCGCAAAGGUUUUACUGAGAAAUUGAAAUUAUAAGAGUUUACAAAUGAUAGCAAAAUUGGGAGAUUGCAUAGGACAGUAAAUGUAAGCAUUCCAAACAAUGGAAACGACUAAGAUUAGCAAACCUGCCACUCACUUUUUUUGAUUCUCAAAUAAUGUUUCUUUCUUGGCAAUUCUCUUUUAUGCACUAACUUUUUCCUAUGCAGUUUUGAUCAAGUCAAGAAAACAAACAAUUCUACCAAUCCUUUUGUUGAAAUGUUAUUAACCUGAAACGGUAACCCUGUCUUCGUCCAAAAAUAUUACUCAACCCAAAGUAUUUCAGCAUUUUCUGCUUUCUGGGAAUACUAGCUAGCUGAAAACAAAUGGGAAGAAAAUCUGCUUGAGUAUUUAUUCGCAACUUUUGGCGGUUCCGAAAUUUGUACGAUUGUUCACUGAAAUUUGUACGAUUGUUCACACAAAUAUAAACAUUUAAAAGGUCGACACAUUCGUUUAGCAAUGGAGGUACAUUACCCAGAAUCCUCAGGGCGAUGGAAUAUAUCCUACCUGCCGCGGUCAGCUAGUGUGUGUUACGCAUGUCCGGAAGCGUGGUGCUGCAUUGUGGGUGGGAGCUGCAGGACAUUGUUGGAGCUGCUGCAGACAAUGGAAGGAGGAGGCCUGACAGAGACUGACCGGCAGCCAGAGGGGGAGGCUGCGGAAGGCGAGCUCCCUGCAGCCGGGCCAGCUAAGAAGCCCAGGCAGUACGGCCAGAAGCGCUUCAUCUGCAGCGAAUGCGGCAAGAGCUUCAAGCAGUACUGCGACCUGAAGAGGCACGGCCGGGUGCACACGGGCGAGAGGCCGUUCCACUGCCCGGCGUGUGGCAAGCGCUUCAGCACCUCGUACAACCUGCUGAUCCACCGGCUGGUGCACAGCGGCGAGAAGCAGUACAAGUGCCGGCUGUGCGGCCGUGAGUUUGUGCAGCUGCACCACCUGGUCACCCACCAGCGCACCCACACCGGCGAGAAGCCGUAUCCGUGCCCGGUGUGCGGCAAGGCCUUCCGCCAGUCCUCCACCAUGGCGGUGCACCGGCGCAUCCACGGCGAGGAGCGGCCUUACCGCUGCCCGGACUGCGGCAAGAGCUUCAAGACCUCGUCCAACCUGUCCAAGCACCGGCGCAUCCACGGCGGGGAGCGGCGCUUCGCCUGCGAGGCGUGCGGCCGCCGCUUCCUGCACUCGCACCACUUGGCCACGCACCGGCGCACUCACUCCGGGGAGCCGGACUCCUCCUCGCCGUCCUGCUGCUGCUGCCCGACCUGCGGCCAGAGCUUCUCCAACCCGGGCCGCCUGCUGGCGCACCACCGGCGGGCCCACACUGGCGAGCCGCCCUACCGCUGCGAGACCUGCGGCCGCGGCUUCAAGCAGAACUCGACCCUGGUGCGGCACCGGCGCACCCACACCGGCGAGAGGCCGUACAGCUGCCCGAUCUGCGCCAAGGCUUUCCGCCAGACCUCCACCAUGCAGGUCCACUACCGCACGCACUCCGAGGACCGGCCCUACCGCUGCCUGCAGUGCGGCAAGGGCUUCAAGAGCGCGUCCAACCUGAUCGGCCACCACCGUGUCCACAGAAGCUAGAGAGCUCGGCACCACUCACCCAAAGUCCAGCCAUCCCAUUGCGGGCAGUGUAUACCAUUGCAAAAAUAUAACUUCUCCACAGCUCCCAUACCAAGCAGUUCACUUCGGACAAUGCAUAACGUGAUAGGUAAAAACAAGGACUGCAGAUGCUGGAAACCAGAGUCUAGAUUAGAGUGGUGCUGGAAAAGCA